UGUGUAAAUACGGUGAACUUCAAUAGCAGUGCAGACUUGUCCAUAGAUCACUGCUCCACCGAGUCUCAAAAUACAUGAACGCAUACGUAUUCCUGGUCGCUAACAAUUUACAAGCCACACAAGUGUGUUACAAAAAACGGCUCCCAUGGUCGGACAUCUGUACGGCAUGAUUUGCCCGAAACUGCCUCUGUUUUUAAAAAUUUGCCGUAUUUCCCCACCUCGCCGAGCGUAAACGCGCCGCACUGGAAAAUAAACAGUCCUGUAUGCACCUCCUAUCAGCUUCUACUUUAGAUAAUUGCCGGCUGUUUUGCCACCUCCUUUCUCCUCUAACAACUCAUAUGUCUCGCUUAUCCCAGUUGGACGCUCUUCCGCGUGUCAAAGGACUCCAAUUUGGCCGUACCAUUGGUCAGGGGUCGUUUGCCAUGGUAAAGGUUGCCAGCGAGACCAAGCGCCCCAGUCACGUCUACGCCGUCAAGUUCAUCCACCGCGCGUACUGUAAUCGCAUGGGCAUCACGGACGACGAUAUCGGGCGUGAAAUUAUGCUCCACAAGAAGUCCCUGAAACACCCGAAUGUAAUCUCGCUCCUCACCUACGGUACUGAUAACGUGUGGCUCUGGAUGGCGAUGGAGCUUGCCACGGGGGGUGAUCUCUUUGACAAGAUCGAGCCCGACGUUGGGGUUGACGAGCAGGUAGCAAACUUUUACUUCCACCAGCUUGUCAACGCAGUGCUGUUUAUUCAUGGCCAAGGCAUCGCGCAUCGCGACAUCAAACCGGAAAACAUCCUUCUCGACGCGCGCGGAAACUUGAAGCUCGCAGACUUUGGCUUGGGGACGGUGUUUCAGCGGACCGAUGGUCUGAAGCGUGUGUGCCACAAGCCGUGUGGCUCACCGCCGUAUAUGGCGCCGGAGAUUGUGGAUCCUCAAGGAUACCACCCCGAGUUGACGGACGCCUGGGCAUGCGGGGUGGUAUUGUAUGUGCUUCUUUCGGGGCAGACGCCGUGGGAUGAGCCUACACAGGCUGAUCCUGACUUUAGCCAGUUCCUCCACCACGACGGGAAGCUCCUCACCCAUCCCUGGAACAAGUUUCUGCCGCUUGCCCUCUCGAUUAUCAGGGUUACAAUGAGACCUAACCCCGAGGAGCGCUACACAACAGCUAAGAUCAAGACUCAUCUUUGGUUGAAGCAACCGAACCCGUUGGCCGAUGAGCAGGGUUUGUGCCGGGACCACGAUCUCCUAACGUCGAAGCUUCUCCAGAACUUACAUGUUGACUUGAACGACGCCCCGACACCCGGCUCGCAGUACCAACCAAUCAGCGCUACCCAGCCGAUUAAUGACAUUGCAGAUAUGCUUGAUGAUGAAUAUGACGUUCCCGUGGCAUUCACCCAGCAGGUUGUGUCUGCCAAGGAGGCCUCGCGGGGCAGGGCGGUGCUCAGUGACCAGGACGAGAUGAUUAUAGAACUUGUGCUGCGCGACCCAGCAACCCUCCAGUUUUCAAACACCACCAGCAGAGCGAACCUUGAGCUCACAGAGCGCUUGACGCGCUUUUUCUCCGUCUGGGAGAUGCCUGUGUUGGUUGCGAACCUUGUGGCGGCGCUCAACACGUUGGGGAUCCGCUUUUCUGAUGUGGGUGUGGUAGAGCAGCAUGUGGAUACAGUUUUUAUCACGGUACAAUGUUUGGAUGGCCGGCGAAUGCCGAUGCGGGGAACCAUCAAACUUGUUCGCGUGGAAAAUUUGCCUUUGCGAAGAGUGGAUUUUGUCAAGUCUAAGGGCGAUCCGUUAGAGUGGCGUCGUUUGUUCAAGCGUGUUGUGGUGUUGUGUCGCGAUGCGGUCUAUGUUCUGGAGGGGAACUAGAUGAGCGGUAGGAACAGCGCUCUGAUGCGGGCUUCUACAAAUGGACACGGUGAAUAAACAAAAAAUUACAAAGACUAGAAUAGUCUUAAUGAUUUAGGGAUUAUUACUUGUGAGUGGGGGUUUAACUGGGAGAAGCUUAUAUUCGGAUGACUCCGUGGUAAAAAAAAACAAAGCUUUAUUUUAAGCCAUUGACUGUAUAUCAUCCUUGCGUUGUUUUCUAAAUUUAAACUUGGAGCGGU